CUUCUGACCAGCGUCAUCAUAUUCAUCUUUAUCGUCUACCUUUUACUGUGAUUGAUUCUAUUCUCUCUUUGGUGUCUAUUAGUUUUUCCCAGUUCGCUGUCUUCCUUUAGUCUUCUUCAACUAUCUGCGAAUUUCUUUCCUGUACCCAACAGGUGCUUAGCUUUGAGAGAGGAGCAGAGUUAGCUAGAGCAAAUGGGUAAAGGUGGGAUGUCACAUGAAGGUCAUGGAGAAGAAGAAAAUAUGGCUGCUUGGCUUGUUGGUAUAAAUACCCUCAAGAUUCAACCUUUCAAGCUUCCUACUUUGGGCCCCCAUGAUGUCAGAAUUAGAAUGAAAGCUGUUGGUAUCUGUGGCAGUGAUGUUCACUACCUCAGGACGCUGAGAUGUGCAGAUUUUAUAGUGAAAGAACCAAUGGUAAUUGGCCAUGAGUGUGCAGGGAUCAUAGAAGAAGUUGGUAGUGAGGUAAAGAAUGUGGUACCUGGUGAUCGUGUGGCAAUUGAACCUGGGAUUAGUUGUUGGCGUUGUGACCUUUGUAAAGGGGGUCGAUAUAAUUUAUGCCCUGAUAUGAAGUUCUUCGCUACUCCACCAGUUCAUGGUUCCCUUGCUAAUCAGAUAGUGCAUCCUGCCGACCUAUGUUUUAAACUACCAGAUAAUGUGAGCUUGGAGGAGGGGGCUAUGUGUGAACCGCUGAGCGUUGGCGUUCAUGCUUGUCGCCGAGCUAGUGUUGGACCAGAAACAAAUGUGCUGAUCAUGGGAGCAGGUCCCAUUGGACUUGUCACAAUGCUUUCAGCUCGAGCUUUCGGAGCACCCAGGAUUGUCAUUGUGGAUGUGGAUGAUCAUCGUUUAUCAGUUGCAAAAACUCUCGGUGCAGAUGAGAGUGUUAAAGUUUCAACAAAUAGUGAGGAUGUGAAUGAAGAAGUUGUUCAGAUACACAAAGCCAUGGGAGGUGGGGUGGACAUUAGCUUCGACUGCGCAGGUUUCAACAAAACUAUGACUACUGCAUUGACUGCUACUCGUGCAGGCGGCAAAGUAUGCCUGGUGGGAAUGGGUCAUAGUGAAAUGACUGUUCCACUCACACCAGCUGCUGCAAGGGAAGUUGAUGUGAUUGGGAUUUUCCGUUAUAAGAACACAUGGCCUCUGUGCCUGGAGUUUCUGAGGAGUGGGAAGAUAGAUGUGAAACCUCUUAUAACUCACAGGUUUGGAUUCUCUCAGAAGGAAGUGGAAGAAGCCUUUGAGACCAGUGCUGGUGGUGGCAAUGCUAUCAAGGUCAUGUUCAAUCUGUAAACAUUAGAUUUUACAUAAACUGGCCAUGUUCAAUCUAGAAACUAAGGUUAUGUUCAUCUUUGUGGUUUGUGCCAAGGACAUGAACACCAAAUCUUAUAUCUCAGUGUUAUCUAUCAAUAGCAAUGUCAAUUGAUGACUA